GAGGAAUAUCUGUGCAGAUUGUGUGAUAGAGAGAGAGGAGGAGUGUAAAACAGUGAUCCAGACAGAGAAAGAUCUCCAGUUCAUCAUGAAUGUCCGAACCGCAGCGCUGAUUCUCUCUGUCCUGCACGCAGUAUGUGGUCAGAGUCCUGUUGUCUCCGUCCGGCCGCGAACAGCUGCGGUUAAACUCGGCGAGACCGUCAGUUUUCACUGCCGCGUGACGAGCGGAUCACAGCCCGUCCAGCUGGAGUGGAAGAGGAUCAACAACCAGCCGCUGGGAGAUAACGUUAAGCUUGGACCUGAUGGUGCCGUCCUGACCAUUGCCAAUGCCCGUCUCAAUAACCAGGGCGGGUAUCGCUGCAUUGCAACCAACGCACAGGGAAAAUCCACCAUCACGACCAACCUGAGCAUCAGACAGCCUCCAAAGGUGCGCGUGACGCCGUCCGGGCCGCUGACGGUUCGAGCGGGUGAGAGCGUGACUCUCGAGUGCAGCGUUUCGGGGAAGCCACGCCCCUCCAUCAGCUGGUUCAAACAGCAAGGAGGAAGUGAGACGGAGCUUGUUUCCUCGACAACAGACACCACCGCAUCACUACAGGUGACAGUGAUGGCAGCAGAGGACGCUGGGGUAUUUGUGUGCCGUGCUCAGAGCAGGGAGGGGCUUGCUGAGGGGCGGGUGGAGCUGGAACUGGAGGGCGGGGCCUCGGCUCCACAGGCCUCAGUUACAGACACAGAUCUCACGGCUGUGGAGGGUCAGAGCAUCACUAUGCACUGCCACGCCACCGGUUCACCCACUCCGGUCAUUUCCUGGUCGAAGCUGCGGGCGCCGUUGCCAUGGCAGCACAGGGUGAGCGGAGGGAGUCUGACCCUCAGUAACGUGGGACGACAGGACUCAGGUCAGUACAUCUGUAACGCCACGAAUGCGGCGGGCUUCAGCGAGGCCUACGUGCAGCUGGAGGUGGACUCGCCUCCGUAUGCCACCACACUGACGGAUGAGAUUGUCCUUCGUCCUGGCGACGCCUUGCGUCUGCAGUGUCUCGCUCAUGGCACUCAUCCAAUCCGCUUCCGCUGGACCCGUGUGGGCGGAGCCUCCAUGUCAGCAGGGGCGGAGUCCACCAAAGACGGUCUGCUGAAGAUCGCUCGACUGAAAGCGUCAGACAGCGGGAUGUAUAAAUGUGUGGCGACCAAUCACGUGGGAUCCAGCGAAGCACUGACCAAAGUCAUUGUGAGAGCUUAAUUACAGACCAUCCUGCUGAUUGUAAAAAUCUGCCCAUUAAUUAUGAGGACAUGAAAGACUUCAGACCUACAAGUCGAUGAAGCUCAAAGACGAAACAAACGUGAUGUUUUGCUAUGGUGUUCAGAACACCAGUUUUGUCUGUAUGUAUUCUGCUAUUUUGAAUAUUUCUGAAAUGACACAGUAGAAAAGAUGCUUUAACUUUGGCACUCAAGUCAAAUAAACAUAAUGAAGGUCACCAUCA